UACAAAGGCCCCCAGCGGUCAGUCACAGAGAGACCCUGAGGCUGGCAAGCGGGACAGGACAGACGAGCAGCCAUGCAACAGGACGCACGCAAGCCCCACCCCGGCUCCCGGCGGUGCUCAGGCCUGGCCCGGCGUGUGCUGACCGUGGCCUUCGCGUUGCUCAUCCUGGGCCUCAUCAGCUGGGCCUAUGCAGCCGGCGUGCCACUGGCCUCGGACCGCUAUGGCCUGCUGGCCUUCGGCCUGUACGGAGCCUUCCUGGCGCUGCACUUGGUGGCGCAGAGCACCUUCGCCUACCUGGAGCACCGGCGCGUGGCACGGCGGGCAGCGGCACGGGCCCCGCUGGAUGCGGGCUCGGCGCGCAGCGUGGCGCUGACCAUCUCGGCCUUCCAGGAGGACCCACACUACCUGCGCCAGUGUCUGACGGCCGCGCGGGCGCUGCAAUAUCCGCGCGCGCGCCUGCGGGUGCUCAUGGUGGUGGACGGCAACAGCGCCGACGACCUCUACAUGCUGGACAUGUUCCGCGAGGUCUUCGCCGACGAGGACCCGGCCACCUACGUGUGGGACGGCAACUACCACCAGCCCUGGGAGCCCGCGGCGGCCGGCACUGGCGCCUACCGCGAGGUGGAGGCACAGGACCCGGGGCGCCUGGCCGUCGAGGCGCUGGUGCGCACGCACCGCUGCGUGUGUGUGGCGCAGCGCUGGGGAGGCAAGCGCGAGGUCAUGUACACGGCCUUCCGAGCGCUGGGCGACGCCGUGGACUACGUGCAGGUGUGCGACUCAGACACGAGACUGGACCCCAUGGCACUGCUGGAGCUGGUGCGGGUGCUGGAUGAGGAGCCCCGGGUCGGGGCUGUUGGGGGGGACGUGCGGAUCCUGAACCCCUUGGACUCCUGGGUCAGCUUCCUUAGCAGCUUGCGCUACUGGGUGGCCUUCAACGUAGAGCGCGCCUGUCAGAGCUACUUCAACUGUGUGUCCUGCAUCAGCGGUCCUCUUGGCCUGUACAGAAACAACCUCCUCCAGCAGUUCCUCGAGGCCUGGUACAAUCAGAAGUUCCUGGGCACACACUGCACCUUUGGGGAUGAUCGGCACCUCACCAACCGGAUGCUCAGCAUGGGCUAUGCCACCAAGUACACCCCGCGCUCCCGCUGCUACUCCGAGACGCCUUCGGCCUUCCUGCGCUGGCUGAGCCAGCAGACGCGCUGGUCCAAGUCCUACUUCCGCGAGUGGCUGUACAACGCACUCUGGUGGCACCGCCACCACGCGUGGAUGACCUACGAGGCGGUGGUGUCGGGGCUCUUCCCCUUCUUCGUGGCGGCCACGGUGCUGCGCCUCUUCUACGCGGGCCGGCCGUGGGCUCUGCUGUGGGUGCUGCUGUGCGUGCAGGGCGUGGCUCUGGCCAAGGCCACCUUCGCUGCGUGGCUGCGGGGCAACGCCCGCAUGGUGCUGCUGUCGCUCUACGCGCCACUCUACAUGGGCGGUCUGCUGCCCGCCAAGUUCCUGGCGCUCGCCACCAUGAACCAGAGCGGCUGGGGCACUUCGGGCCGCCGCCGCCUGGCCGCCAACUACGUACCGCUGCUGCCCCUCGUGCUCUGGGCGCUGCUGCUGCUCGGGGGCCUGGCACGCAGUGUGGCGCGGGCAGCAGCGGCUGACUGGAGCGGGCCCGAGCGGGCGGCCGAGGCCGUGCACCUGGCGGCGGGCGCGGGUGCCUACGCGGGCUACUGGCUGCUCAUGCUCGCGCUCUACUGGGGCCACGUGCGCAGGCUCUGCCGGCGGCGUGCGGGGGGUUAUCGCGUGCAGGUGUGAGUCUGGGCGCGUGUGGGAGCCCCCGCGUGCAGGUGUGAGUCGGCACGCGUGGGGGCCCCGCGUGCACAUGAGUCUGAGCACGCAUGCGAGCUCGGGUGCGCUCCCUGGUGCACGCGAAAGUUGAGGUGCGCGUGGGGGCUACCGCGUGCACGAAUCCGGGCACGCGCGCGGGACCACGGCGUGCACGAAAGCUCAGGUACGCGCAGCCGACGUGCAAGGCGCGGGCUGCGGAUUUGCAAGCCAUGCGGACUUGCAAGCGGACUGCAAGGCACCCACUGGUGAAGCGAGUGCGGGUGGGGAGCGCCACCCCGAAUCUGCAGCCUGGACUUCUGGGUGCCUAAG